UCCCCUUCCACUUCCGCCUCUGCUUUCCAGAGCACCAAACGAGAGGCAGGCAACUCGAUCGGCAAGUGUUGGAGAGAUCGUUUUGUUCAAAGGUUUCUUCAGGCGAGAUGGAGGGUGAGAAGAAGGUGGCCGCCAUGGAGGGGGAGGAGAAGAAGGAGGUGGGUGCUGUUGAUGUGAGCCUGAAGGAGCUGUCCAAGAAGCUCCACGACUUCGCCAAGGAGAGGGACUGGGAACAGUACCAUAGCCCAAGGAAUCUGCUUCUCGCCAUGGUUGCUGAAGUUGGGGAGCUGUCAGAGCUGUUCAUGUGGAAAGGGGAGGUGCGGAAGGGCCUGCCGGGGUGGGAGGAGGCGGAGAAGGAGCACCUCGGCGAGGAGCUCUCCGACGUGCUGCUCUACCUGAUCCGCCUGUCCGACAUGUGCGGCGUCGACCUCGGCGACGCUGCCACAAGGAAGAUCGUGAAGAACGCAGUCAAGUACCCGGCACCGACGAAAGGCGCCUGAGGAGCGAACGCAUUUUCUGUACCUCUUUUAACGCUUGGUGAUGACUGGUGCCUGCUGGAACUAGCAAGGUUACUAGAUCCUUUAGACGCAACACUGAACCCUGUCAUUGGCUGGACGUGCUGUGGCGAAUACCUACAUGAACUGAUGCUUGAAGGCAAGCCUUUUCUUUUGGUGAAACUUUUUGGUGCCUGUCGAAUGUCGAUAGGUUUACGUUUACCGGGAAGAAAGCGGUUGAUUCCUAUGUCUGUGGACAUGAUGGUAUGAAAGAACUGAUACGUUCUUCACAUGCUGACAUGAGGGAAAGAAAAACUAUGGCGGG